CAAGAAUAAAAGAGAACUCAUCACCAUUGUCCUUCGAAAUCGGUUUCCGGACCUCUAGAUCCGACCAUCGCCGGCCAUGUCAUCCACCGUCCGAUCCUCCUCUCUUCUCUCCUUCCUUCUCUUCGUCUUCCUCUCUCGCGCUUUCGGUUCCGAGUCAGAUCACAAGUAUCAACCAGAUGAUCCAGUUACUCUAUGGGUGAAUAAAGUUGGCCCAUACAACAAUCCACAGGAAACAUAUAACUAUUACAUCCUACCGUUUUGUCAUCCGGAUAACAAACCUGCUCACAAGUGGGGUGGUCUUGGUGAGGUCCUUGGUGGAAAUGAACUGAUAGACAGCGAAAUUGAUAUAAAGUUCCAAAAGAAUGUUGACAAAAGUACUAUUUGCCAACUGGAACUUGAUGAGGUGAAGGUCAGACAGUUCAAGGAUGCUAUUGAGAACAGUUAUUGGUUUGAAUUCUUUGUGGAUGAUCUGCCUCUAUGGGGCUUUGUUGGUGAGCUGCAUCCUGAUAAGAACAGUGAUAACGGCAAGCACGUCCUCUACACACACAAGAAUAUUGUUAUUAAGUACAAUAAGAAUCAGAUUAUUCAUGUCAAUCUCACUCAGGAGAAUCCAAAACUGUUGGAAGUAGGUAGAGUAUUGGAAAUGACAUACUCUGUCAAAUGGAUUCCAACUAAUGUCACUUUUGCCCGUCGCUUUGAUGUUUAUUUGGACUAUCCUUUCUUUGAGCACCAAAUCCAUUGGUUCUCUGUUUUCAAUUCAUUCAUGAUGGUUAUCUUCCUCACUGGUUUGGUGUCAAUGAUCUUGAUGCGAACUCUGAGAAAUGACUAUGCAAAAUAUGCUAGGGAAGAUGAUGAUCUGGAAAGCUUGGAAAGGGAUGUGAGUGAAGAGUCUGGUUGGAAACUUGUCCAUGGUGAUGUUUUCCGACCUCCUCGCAAUUUGGCACUGCUUUCUGCUGUUGUUGGCACAGGUGCUCAGCUAGCGUUGCUUGUUCUCCUUGUCAUCUUAUUGGCAAUUGUGGGAACAUUGUAUGUCGGGAGAGGAGCAAUUGUCACAACUUUUAUACUGUGUUAUGCUUUUACAUCAUUCAUUUCUGGUUAUGUGAGUGGUGGAAUGUACUCACGCAAUGCGGGUAAAAAUUGGAUAAAAGCUAUGAUCCUCACGGCAUCUCUGUUUCCAUUUACAGUCUUUGGGAUUGGUUUCAUCUUGAACACAAUUGCCAUAUUUUAUGGAUCUCUGGCAGCAAUUCCUUUUGGUACAAUGGUGGUUGUUUUUGUAAUUUGGGCGUUUAUUUCAUUCCCCCUGGCCCUUCUUGGUACAGUUGUUGGAAGAAAUUGGAGUGGUGCUCCAAAUAAUCCAUGUCGUGUGAAGACCAUUCCUCGCCCGAUUCCAGAAAAGAAAUGGUAUCUCACACCCUCUGUGAUCUCUAUGAUGGGAGGACUUCUGCCAUUUGGCAGCAUAUUCAUUGAAAUGUAUUUUGUUUUCACAUCCUUCUGGAAUUACAAGGUUUAUUAUGUCUAUGGCUUUAUGCUGCUAGUCUUCUUGAUUCUAAUCAUCGUAACCAUUUGUGUAACAAUUGUGGGAACAUAUUUCCUGCUAAAUGCCGAGAACUACGAUUGGCAGUGGACGUCCUUCUUCUCCGCUGCCUCAACCGCAAUCUAUGUGUAUUUGUACUCCAUAUACUAUUACCAUGUCAAAACCAAGAUGUCAGGCUUCUUCCAGACCAGCUUCUACUUCGGAUACACUUUGAUGUUUUGUCUUGGUUUGGGAAUUCUCUGCGGUGCUGUUGGUUAUCUCGGCUCGAAUUUGUUCGUGAGGAGGAUCUACAGAAACAUCAAGUGCGACUAAACCUUUUGUUGUUUGAAAAUAUAACCGUCAGUGUUUCCGUGAGGCAUCUUUAGCUGUCGUCGAGGCAAUAAACGAUUAGAUGAAGGUGUACACUGGUCGAGACCCCAGAGCAAAGCCUAGGGAGGAAAUCACGUGGUUUUAAGGUAGGGAUGUCAUAGUAUUGUUGGUUUGCUUGAGAUUUUGCUUUGCCUCUUACUUUCUUUUACACACAAAUGUAUAAUUGGAAGCUUCAUUUAGAAUGGCAGAAAAACUAGUUUAUAUAUAUAUAUAUAUAUAUAUAUAUAUAUUAGACUCUUUGGUUAUGCAUUUGCCCUUCUUCA